AUGCCCUUGGCGCAGUUCGCGCCGUUUGUGUCGCAGGUAGCGCCGUCUUUCUGGAAUACAUUGUCCUCAUUGAAACUCAAUGAGUACCAGCUUUCUGAUGAGCUCAUCCCGGCACGCGCCGAGUAUGGGACGUCCAAGACGAUUGUCGACAGACUCUCGGGCUCUGAAAUGGGACUAGGGUGUCGUAUUCAUUUGGAUGGGCGCAGCAUCGAUACGCAAAAGUCGCUGGUUGACUUUUGCGUGGAUGCAAAAAGCACCUCGCCAUCCAUGUAUGGGUACAUCAAAAACUUUAACACCCUACAAGAAUUUAAAGUGGCCGACAAGAAAAUGUUUAUGAACCAAGUGGCGGACGAGAUAUGGGACUCAUUUACAGGAGCCACAAGCUCGUUGGCAUCGGUAAAUAACCCAAAUCUCUUUCUGCUUCUCACAUACGCAGAUCUGAAAUCCUUCAAGUACUAUUACUGGUUCGCGUUCCCCGCACUCCUCGCACGAAAGCCCGGAUGGAUGGUGGAGGCCGCAGAAGGCGGCCCGUGGGUCUCGGCACCGACAGUUUUGGGCGAGGAUGCAAUGUACGAAAUUGGUGCAGCGCUACUCGAGCAACGACAAACGAAUGCAUGUUUCGUUUCCAUAUACACGCAGGCGGACCAAAGCAUUGCAGUACGACUCUGGACAUUAGAGCAAGGUGAGGCGUACAUGGAUGCCGUGCCGCAAGAAGAACGUAUUCUUUUAUUCAUUGAUCCGUCGCCCUACCCACAGUCGCCAGGUUGGCCGCUGCGCAAUAUUCUGACGAGCCUGCAGCUACGUUUGGGCAUGAUUCGCGUACAUACACUAUGCUGGAAAGAUAUGUUGGAAUGGGACUCAUUCCGCAUUACUGCCGAAGAACGUGCGCUUCGAAACAAGGAGUGGAAGAGUGUGUUUGGGCUGAUAUACCUGGAAGCAUCCUCUGCUUCGGAUGGAACUGUUUUGUUUGGUUCGCGUACGUAUACUCACACGCUCAUCGUAGGCAAUACCAAUCUGGUCGUACGACCCGAUUCGCAUCCGCCACGCCCCGAAGCGGUGGGAUGGGAGAGGAAUGCACAAGGCAAACUGCUUCCGAAACUUGCUUCGCUGGGCGCGAUGCUGGACCCACGCUAUCUCGCAGAGAACGCAGUGGAUUUAAACUUGAAACUGAUGCGUUGGCGAGUUAUUCCCGAACUGGCAUUAGAAACCAUUCAGCACGCGGACACGCUCUUGAUCGGGGCAGGGACGCUUGGGUGCAAUGUAGCGCGUACGCUGCUCGGUUGGGGUGUGCGGAAAAUUACCUUGGUGGACAAUGGGCGAGUCGCUUUUUCAAACCCUGUGCGCCAGCCAUUGUACGAGUUUGACGAAUGCUUGGAUGGCGGGCAGCCAAAAGCGGUUGCUGCUGCUGCUGCACUGAAGCGCAUCUUUCCAGGUGUCGAUGCGCAAGGAUUCCAUUUGUCUGUCCCGAUGCCUGGCCACCCCAUCCCGCCAGCGUCGAUGGACAAGGCGCUCGAGGACAUUGCCGUGCUCGAAAAGCUGAUCGAGCAGCACGAUGUCAUUUUCUUGCUUACCGACUCGCGAGAGGCACGCUGGUUUCCAUCGCUGGUCGGCGCUGCACGCCGCAAGCUGGUGCUGAAUGCAGCGCUCGCGUACGACUCUUUUGUCGUGAUGCGCCAUGGAGUGAACAGGCUUGGAAGAGCGCAACUGGGCUGUUAUUUUUGUAAUGAUGUGGUUGCACCCGGUGAUUCCCUAACGAACCGCACGCUGGACCAAAUGUGUACUGUGACACGGCCCGGCAUUGCAGGAAUUGCCGCGUCUAUUGCUGUGGAGCUCAUGGUUUCGGUCCUGCAGCAUCCAUUGGCUGCUGGUGCACCGGCACCGACAGGCGGCGAUGCGGACGAGUCAGAGACGGAACUUGGCAUUGUCCCACAUCAGAUUCGUGGCUCUUUGCGCGCAUUUUCUAUCACGACCGUGGCGAACGAGGCGUUUGACCACUGUACAGCAUGCUCCGAUGAGGUGAUUGCAGCAUACGAACGCGAGGGAAGCGCAUUGGUCGUGGAAGCAUGCAACGAUCCUGCCUAUUUGGAGCACAUCACGCACCUUGACGAUUUAAAGCAUGAUACGGACGCUCUAGAGCUAGAAUUAGAUUGGAGCGACGAAGAGGCAGAGGGACUACAGUGA